AAUAAAGAUGAGGAGUGCAAAGCACCCCGUUGCUUCUGUGUCCCCCCCGUAUCCCUGAGCCCCAAAACCCAGAGCCCCUAAACCUUGAACCGUUGAGCCCGUGCACCCCCAAACCUCGGAGCCCACAAACCCUAAAUCCCUGAGCUCCUGCACCCCCCAACUCCUUGAGCUCCUAAUCCCUGAGCCCUCAAACCCUAGAGCCCCUGCACCCCCAGACACCGGGCUCACAAAUCUCUGAGCCCCCUGGUCCCCAAACUCGAGCUCCUGCACCCUUAAACUCCUGCCCCCCCCCCCCGCAACCCCAUAUCCUUGGGCCAAAGCGCACGACCCGCCCCUUGCCCGCACUCAGCCAAUAGUGCCGGCGCUGGGCGGGGCGGAACCAAUCCGCGCGCAGCCCUCAAGCCCCGCCCCUCAGACCCGCUCCCGCCAACCAGCGCCGUGCUCCGGGAGGGGGGCUGAGCCAAUCCGCGCGCAAGCCCUCAAGCCCCGCCCAUUGGCCUGCUCCAGCCAAUCAGCGCCGUACGCCGGGAGGGGCUGAACCAAUCGUCGCGGAGCGCGCAAAAACCUGUCGGGGCGCGCGCGAGGCGGCUCCAUAACGGACGAGGCGCGAGGGGCUGGUGUUGGUGCCAUGAGCCACCGCGGUGGCAGAGGGGAUGGCAGAACCAGGGGGCACCCCAGAAAUGUGGGGGUUCCCCCCGCCCGGCAGAGCCCUUGCCCCCCAGACCCCAUCCCCGGCCGCGUCAAGCGCCGAAAAACCAAACGGGAACGCGACAUGGCCAAAUUUGGCCAAAAGCGGCUGGUGUCAGGGUGUCGGAGGGCUGGCGCCCCUCCCCACAGGCUGCCCUCGCUGUGGGGCGGCCACCCCCCCCGCAGCCCCCUCCCGGCCCCCAAAACUGUGGUCAUCACCCAGAAGCGGCUGUGCCAGCACCGCGGCAUGUUCAACCACGAGGUGAAAUCCGUUGACGUCGAGCGGCUCCUGAGCUCUGGGCAGGAUGCGGCUCCCUGCAGCGAAACUCUCGUCCCGCAGCUCGAGGGAGGCGGCCCUGCUGCCGAGCAGCCACCGCUGAGCCCCCCCGAAGUCCCCCGAAACCUGGAGGAGACAGGGGUCCCAUCGCUGCCGUCCCUGCGGGACCUGGCCACACAACUCAGCAUGAUUUUGGGGCGCAUUCCCGCUUUCCCGGGCCGCGAUCUGGUGGACGAGCGACGUCGGAGCAUCCUGAGUGCCCUGCUGCAGCGACACCGCAUCCCGCUGGACCUCACCUUCCUCCUGGCUCACCGGAAUCAGGGCGCAGAGGCUGCGUCCCCGGGUGGCUGGAGGCCCCGCACCCCCGAGCCAGAGCCGGAGCAGGUCGAUUUUGGGGGGCAUAAACAGAGCUGGGACACGACUCCCCCCUUCAGUGGCACCCCCGGCCCCCUGCGAGUCAUCAUGGAGAGGACUCCCCCCUGCGCCACCCGGCUGGACACCCCCAGCCCCAUUUUUGGCGGUGACGGAAAGGAGCGGGAGAGCCCCUUCUCCUGGACCUCGGCCGAGGAGGAUGACACGCACCCAGCGCCACUUUUCCAACCCCGUGUGGCGACGCCGGAGUGGGGGGAUCGCUGCCGGCAUGGGGGCACCCUGCCCAGCUCCCCGCUCGCCCACGUCCCCACCAGCUGUACCUGUGGGUGUCCCUCCUGCGAUGAUGCCGGCGAGGGCUGCAGCUGGAGCCACCGGCCACCCAUCGCCCCCCCGGCCUUCAGCCCACUCGCGCCACGGCAGCACCGGACAGCCCGACGCGCCGGCACCACCACAGUUGCUCCCCGGUGCCCGGAGCUGCGCCGUGAGGCCAACCUGGAGCCCCCCGAGGCUUCGCAGCGGCUCGUGCCAGGCUGGCUGCGUGCCAAGCGCCGUGUGCCAUGCUGCCGCCACCACCACCUGCUGCAGCACAACACAAGCCAGCACGACCUGGUCCACAACGAUCCCGCGCGGCAUGACUCGCUCUGGAAUGAUCCGGUACAGCACGAUCUGGCGCAGCAGCGCAACUUGCUCUGGAACGACCCGGAGUGGCGUGAUCCGCUGUGGCACAACCCGCUACGCAAUGAUCCGGUGCAGCACGAUCUGUUCUGGCACAACCCACGGCGGCACGACCCACUCCGGCAUGAUCCGGUCCCGCCCAGCGUGCUGCAGGGUGAUCCACUGCGGUAUGACACACUCCGGAAUGAUCCACUGCGGCAUGAUGUGCUCCAGAAUGAUCCGAUGCAGUAUGAUGUGCUCCAGAGCGACCUGAUGCGGCGCGAGGUUCUCCAGAGUGACCCGAUGCAGCACGACAUGCUCUGGAACAAUCUGAUGUGGCACGACGAGCUCCGGAAUGACCCAAUCCGGCACGACGUGCUCCGUAAUGAUCCGAUGCGAUGUGACAUGCUCCGGCACAUCUCCCACCACCCCAGGCAGCCGCUGGCACCCCCGAGCCCCGGUGGGUGCCGCUGGCCGCCGCCACUGGAACACAGGGCAGCCCCGGAAAGCUGCCGGCACCGUGGGCGAGAGGAGCAUUGGGCUGCACCGGAGCCGGGGCGCCGGUGGGGCCUGGGGGAGCCGGGCUGGCUGCGGGCACCGCAACACCUGCCCCUCGCUGGCUUUGCUGCUGCGGAGGUGCCGGAGCGCAAUCGCUCACCUGUGCCCCGUCCCGAGAGCUGGAGCUGCUCCUGCGCAGGGCUGUACUGAGUGGCGGUCGC